GGGAAAACGAAAUUUAUAUGCCGGGAAAACGAAACUCAUUACGUAUGGCGCUGCACAUUGCUUCAGCUCUCAUAGUCACAAGAGGCACCAAUUCACAAAUCAUUUAACUGCAGUAAAACUGUUGAGAUGGCACAAGGAAGAGAAAGGACUCUGAUGAUUCUAUUGCUGGUAACACUGUGUCUGCAAAUCUUUACUGGUCAAUGUCAAGAUUCAGGGCAGCCCUCUGAUCUGAGGAUUGUUCUGGUGGGUAAGACUGGAGUGGGGAAGAGUGCAACAGGAAACACUAUCCUGGGGAGAGAGGUGUUUAAAGUGGAGCCCAAAGCUGAUUCUGUCAUUGCAAAGUGUGAGAAAGGGAGUGAAGAGGUGGAUGGGUGGAAGAUCAAUGUGAUUGACACGCCAGGACUCUUUGACCCAACAAUGAGUGUAGAUCAAAUGAAAAGGGAGCUAGAAAGUUGCAUCUACAUGUCAGUUCCAGGACCCCAUGUGUUCCUGCUGGUGAUCAGGCUGGGGAGGUUCACAGAGGAGGAAAGGAACACUGUGAAGUGGAUCCAGGAGAACUUUGGGGAAGAUGCCUCAAUGUACACCAUGGUGCUGUUCACUGGUGAAGAUCAGAUAGGGAAAAAAUCAGUUUCUGAGUUUCUGAAAGAGAGCAAGGAGCUGCGGAAACUUGUUACAAGCUGUGGGAACAGAUAUCACUCAAUCAUCAAUGCCAAGAGAAAGAACUACACUCAGGUCAGAGAACUGCUGAGGAAGAUAGAGCAGAUAGUGGAGGAUAAUGGAGGAAAGUACUACACCAAUGAGGAUUAUGAGACGGCACAGGAAAAGAUCAGAGAAGAGAUCAGGCCUCAAUUUAAAUUCCACAGUCCAUGGACGUUGUUUGGCUUAGCAGGUUUGUGGCCAAUACCUGUACCUGUACCUGUACAUGUACGCACUAAGCACGUGUUUUAUUAUCCUGGUCCUGGGGACACAAAGGGGUGCACAUUUUUGCCCUAGCACUACACAGCUGAUUCAAAUGAUCAACUCAUCAUCAAGAUUUGAUGAUUUGAAUCAGGUGUGUAAAGCAAAAACAAUACUGUACACCAAAAAUGUGCACCCCUUUGUGUCCCCAGGACCGGGAUUAAGAAACACUGCACUACGGAGAUGCUUGACCUUUAAAAUGCCAGGGGUGCAUUCAGUUGGUUAAACGUUUUGCUAUGUUUUGCGACAGUAUACUGAACGACAUGUUUUCUUACAACUGAGAUGCAUUUGCUCCUAUUUUAUGGGUAUGACGGGGAAUGGAGCAGAGGCAACUGAGGGCGAGGCCAGACUGUCUGUGGACACCAGAUUAGAACGGAUUCAUUUUAGUCCAUGGUCCAGGUGCAUGUAGAGUGUGCGAUGUAUAAUAUACCCUAUUUUCUAAUUGGCUAAACGGAUGGUUACGUAAACAGUCGGCACGUCAAAAGUUCAACUCGUCUAAACUUUUUAUUUGUGGAAAUGGAUGGAAAUUGUAUGGAUAUCGAUGCGUCAUCGUAUGAUUACCACUUAGAAAGCACUGGAUUCAUGGUCUGGCCUUGCCCUUAUUUCCUGACUGGCUUACACAAACCUCCUGCUAAAGCGGCGUGCACUGUACAUAAUCACCCAAUCAACAACAGGAGUUACAAUGCUCAAUGUUCUGUUUACUUAAACGUUCACUACACUUUCUGAACAAAGCAGGUGUAGGCCAACUGUAUUUUAUUGGGUGUGUAUUUAUUUAGUGGGGAUAUAUACUAUGUACAGUAUGUAUUUAGUGGUAUUAAAAGUAUUACAUAGCGGUGUAUGUUUUUAUAGGGAUGUGUGUAUUAAGGGUGUAUGUAUUUAGUAAGUGUGUGUUAAUGGGGAUAUACAAUUCAAAAUCACAGGGAGUUCUGCAACUUUACAAUUUGAAAUGGAAUAGCAUAGUCAAGGGAAUGAAACCCAAAUUAAGUUUAAGCCUGAAGCUGUAUGUUUAGUUUGGUGAGUGGUAUUAUGUUCUGGGUCGUUACAUGAAUAGAGUACAUUUUGGUUAGUGUAACUUUAUUACAAAAGAAACUAUUAAUUUAACCACAUUUUAACAUUCUGCCAUAAGGAGCACAUGAUCAACCCCAUACAAAACAUGUUUUCCCGUCUCAAGCGAUCUAAAAAAGGAGUAUAGUAAGUUGAAAGGACGUGUCAUUAAAGUAACAGGGUUGAAUUGAGAUUUUCACCGUAAAACAUUUCUAGCCUAUCUAUCUAUGGGUAACAGAUAUGCUCAACAGGCUCAGUUUUCCACCAUCAAAUAUCAGAAAGCAGCUCACCUGCUAUUACACUAUAAUGGAACUAUUAUAUGUUCAAUGUUUCUUUUGUAACAAAUAUUUUAAAGGGAAUAAUGUAUAACCAUGUGUGGGUUAUGUGGGUUAAAUAUUCUUUGAAAUUGGAAAAACAUGACUAGGAACAUGUCAAAGCGCACAUUUUUUGGCACUUUAGCAAUUCUUUAUUCAUAUUUAAUAAAUCCUAUUUAUUGAUUUUUCCAUGUGGUCUAAAACACAAAAAGGUGCAUCUAUUUGAUCACUGUUUUCUAUAUGCCAAAUGGGUCUGAUUAAUAUAUUUGGUGAAUUGCUAAAUAAAAAUAAAUUAAGAGUGCAACUA